UGUUGAUUUAAGUGACUGGUUUCUGUACUAUUUCUGUUGAAGCGCAUCAAAUAAAACUUCACGGUCGAUUUCCGUUGUUAUAUCACUUGAAAUGCGAACUUAAACCAAUUUUCGUAUACUUAAAAAUGUCGUCAUUUGUAAACUAUCGAAACGACAGUACAGUGAAUGUCGUGGAAGCUUUAUCGAAGGAUAAUGUUACGUUUUACAAAAUCGGUGUUAAAGUGGGGUCUGUGAAAUGGGAUGUUUUACAUCGGUAUAAUGACUUUGUGGAACUCCACGAGAAGUUAGUGAAUGACCACGGCGUGGCUAAAGAUUUAUUGCCACCGAAAAAAGUUAUACGCAACAAAACACCAAAAUUUGUUGAACAAAGACGUGAAGCGUUAAACGAUUACCUUAAAAAUGUCUUUAAUUAUUUGUUGCUCACAAUGCCAUCAGAGUUCGCGCAUUUCUUAGACUUCCAUUUGUAUGAUAUAUUUUUCCUUUUACAAGAUUUGGCUAAAAAACUUUUCUUAGAAGGCGACAAGUUGUUGGAAAAUGAGAAAUCACAUAAAUUCAGUGUACUUGAGCUACAUGCAGUGAGUGAAAGAUUUAAAAUGGCAUGCCCACCGACAGAGAAAGAGGACCAAAUGUUUGACUUCAGCCACAUUCUGGACUUCUGUUCUCAAGUGAGAUCACUUAGCAUCGAAGGGAGCUACGAGAAAUUGGGAACGAGUAACAUAAUACCUAAUGAACUAUACUUUGAUCUCAUACCGUUUAAAUCAUUGGUCGAUUUAAAGGUCCUAGGUGUACCCAUGGGAUGUAUACAGAGUGUCGGGAGCCUGCGUGAAUCACUCAUUAGUCUAUCCGUACAUAUAGCCAGCGUUGUGACUUUGAAUGAGUUUCUGCUCGUUGAUGUUCUACACAAGGAUCAGUCAAGCCUCGCUGACACUGUGACUUGGAAGAAAUUGACUGUUAUAAACUUUGCAAGCAACAACAUUGACAAUGUCGACUGGGCAAUCAGAUUAGUUCCGAAGCUGCAGCGUCUGAAUUUGUCUUCAAACAAACUGACCGAGCUUUGUGAUAUAUCGUGUCUUCACGAUUUACAAGUCCUCAACUUAUCUAUGAAUCGCUUCUCAAUGUGUUCGAACUGGCACGCGAAAAUAGGCAAUAUAGUGAAAAUUGAUCUAUCGCAAAAUAAAAUUGAAUCUCUUCAAGGUUUUUCUAAGCUUUAUUCACUCGAGAGUUUAGAUCUUGGCUGUAAUCUAAUAGACGAUGUUGAAGAAGUACAAUAUAUAUGUAAUCUACCGUGCUUAGAAUAUCUGUGGUUAACGGCUAAUCCUGUAGCGUCAUCCAUAGAUUAUAGAGUUAAAGUCAUAGAGCAGUUUAAUGCUCGUAUGUCAGAAAUAUGUUUAGACAACGAGAAAGCUUCAGAAAAAGAAUUGGACACGGCCAGGGUCUUACAGGCUUUAAGAAUAGUUAAAGAAGAAUGGAAGACUGGAGAGUGGAUAGAAGUCUCAUAACAUCAGACCACAACGCCAUUAAUUUCGGCCUGAGCCUGGAGAAGGCCCUAGAACCCCUGCGGCCUAUCUCUACGCGUAAAUACAACACCAAGAAGGCAAAGUGGUCCGACUUCUCCACCAAAUCCAAGACCAACCUCGCUGACAGUGAAAUCACCCUGGAACUCGUCUCGGACCUCACAAGGCCAGAAGAACUGGAGGAGAUGUUUACCACCUAUACAUCAAUAAUCCAUGGGUCCUGCGAAAGCACGAUCCCGAAAGCAAAGGUGUAGAAAGGCGAUCCACCAUGGGGGUCUACCCCCAUGGUGGUCCGCCGUCCUUGAAGACCCCAAAAAAAGGACGUGCUAAGGAAAAACCGCCGUAUCCGCAAUGUUGCACCCAGUCGGAGACAACUCACAGUCCAAGAAUACAUAUAGGGAAGGGACAACUACCAAGAGAGUGCGAUCGAAGCAGUCACAAAAAGCUGGAAGGAGUUUUGUUCGACCCAGGACCUCGAAAGUGUCUGGGACGGCGUAUACGGUCAUAAGGAAAACGUCGAAAAGGCGGAACGACUUGCUCCUGAGGGAUACAGCCGGGGAAACACUGUCGCCCGACCAGUCAGCUGAACUCUUAGCAAGGACGUUCUACCCAGAUGACUCCGAAUGACCGAAACAGAAAAGUUCAGGUUCCAUAAGAUCGACCACUGAGAACAAAAUUCCUGCGGAGAUUCAAGGUCUAUCGGCCGACGAUCCACCAUUUACAACCGCGGAGUUGGAGAUGGUGCUAUCGAGCCUCAAUCCGAAGAAAGCUCCAGACCCGGAUGGCUUGACGUCCGAUAUAUGCACUGCGGCCAUAAACUGCGACAGGGAGGUAUUCCUGGCGUUAACAAAUAAAUGCCUUACGCUAUCAGUGGAAGGUCGCCCACGUGUGCAUCCUCCGCAAAACCCGGCAAAGAUGACUACACCCACCCAAAAUCCUACAGGCCGAUAGGACUGUUGUCAAUCCUCGGUAAGAUUGUAGAGAAACUGAUGGUGGGUAGGAUCCAAUGGCAUCUACUCCCGUCUUUACACCCGAGCCAGUAUGGAUUCAUUCAGCUUGGAAUGGAAGACGCUCUCUACGACCUGAUCGGACAUAUCCGGAAGGAAUUUAAAUAAAAAAAAAGUACUUUUGGUAUCGCUCGGUAUAGAGGGCGCCUUCGACAAUGCAUUGUGGCUAGCCCUUAAAAAGCAGAUGGUGCAAAAAAUUGCUUGCGGAACUGAUAAGCCUUGGUGACUUCAUAUUUACAAGACCGGAGGGUCUUAUUAAACUACACCAGAGCGACUAGUGAGAAGAACCACGAAAGGUUUUGUCCAGGAUUCUAUCGGCGGACCAAAUUUCUGGAACCUCAUCCUGGACUCGCUGUUACAAAAGAUGCCAACCAUGGCAGUCUACUGUCAGGCAUUUGCGGUUGACGUGAUCCUCGUUUUCUCAAACCAUCAAACCAGCGGGUUAGAGAUUGCAGUGGAAUCCACCCUAGCGGCCGUACAAGAAUGGGACAUAGAAAACAAAUUGAGUUUCGCACCGCAUAGUCAUACCGCCAUUAAUUCAGGAUGACAAAUUGAGCACAGAGUGGGACCUCUUCAGAACCUACACUAUACACUCCAUACCAUAAUGGAGAGAGAGGACUUAAGAGCACCCUUUCUCGCAUUCGCAAGAAAGAACUGUCCGUACGCAGGAAGAAAAGAAACUCCUGAUGGACCAGGGAUAUGGCAAACGCUUCAUGACCAUCCACGAAUCACAGAAAUGGCUAUUCAAAAACGCGACAGCACUGACGCUGAGGCUGUGCUCUCACUGUUUCUACAAGGUGCGGGGUCCGCAACCCAAUAAUAGGAAAAUUAAACUAAUAUUCUUUAUUUAUUAACUAAUGUUUAAGUGAUGAUGAAUGGUUAAGAAAUAAAACUAAAGAUAUUAAACUAAAAUAUUACAACCAACUUACCUGAAAAAAAUAAUAAUUAUGGUCAGUACGUGUCACCAUCCAACAGAAGAGCUUCGAAGGUAAAGAAAACUGGCUGCUGCGGUAGCGUUAUAGUAGUUAAAAUAUUGUAAGCAUAUAUUAUAUCUCUUAAUAAUAAAUUUUAUAAAAGGCACGGGCACCUAUGAGCCUGUAGAUGUUAAAAAAAACAUAGCAAUAGAUGUUUUCGACGGGGAAUUAUUUUCCUGUUUCAAUUGACACUUUCUUAUAUAUGUCUUGGCAAAUUGUCACCCCAAGUAUAGUUAUAAAAAGUUAAAUAAUACCUCGUAUUACGAUAAAGCGACCGUAUACCACCGAUAUGUCGUAGCCACGAAGCGGACUGUAGUAAAGUACUAGGCGCCGGCGUAUUUUUGGUUAUGCACUCCUAUUCAUGGCCCGGAUUUAUUAUUUUAAAAAUAAAUAUGCCCACAUAUGUAAUGCACUAAGCGGUCCAAGGGGAAAGAGAAAUAACUAUGGUGUUU